AUGGACAUAGGAGCAGGCGGUGGUGGAGAUCGCAUCAGCAUGGUCGAUGACGCCGUACUCGGCCACGCCCUCUCCUUCCUCCCAUCCAAGCAGGCCGCGCGCGCCGCCGCGCUCUCGUCCCGGUGGCGCGACGCCUUCGCCGCAGUCCACACCCUCUCUCUCGAGGAGCCCAGCCCCGUCACCACCUACGACAACAACGGAUGGCCCACGGAGGUCGACCCACCGGAGCCCUUCCGCGCCGCCAUCACCGCUGCCAUCGUCGCCCGCCACCGCAAACCGGGUGCCGCGCCGCCGCUGCGCGCGCUCCGCGUUGCCUUGCAGGACUAUAGUUACUUAGACUCCGUCGCCGUGGACCAGUGGGUCUCCUACGCCCUGAAGAGGGCCGGCCCCGAGCUCGAGCUCGAGCUCGAUCUCCGCUUCAGGUCCUUGCCCAUCUACUGUCGCCGCGACGGCGCGGAUACCUCGGAGGAGGAAGAUGACUCCGAUGACGACGACGACGACGAAGAGGAUGACAGCGAGGGGGAUGAUGAUGACGGUGGCGACACCGAUGAGGACGAUGACAGCGGCAAUAGCAAUGUCUCAUCCGAAGACGAGAGUGUUCCAAGUCCGUCUCUACUCCGGUACACCGUCCCGAGGGGUCUCUUCUCCUGCUCCACAUUGCGAACGCUCCGCAUUGGGCCCUGCAGGCUCUCCCUGCCGUCCGCCGUCAGCCUGCCAUCCCUCCAGGAGCUCCUCCUCACCCGCAUCUCCGAUACCGAGGAGUUGGUGCAAAGGCUCAUCUCCGGCUGCCCGCGCCUCGUGGACCUCACGCUCGAGUCCUGCAACGCGGUGACAAUGCUCUCCCUCUUGGACACGCGCCUCCGCAGGCUCGCCCUACGGUGCUGCCACAACAUUUCCCACGUCGUCGUCGACGUGUCCGAGCUGGCACCUUCGAGUACCGUGGCGCCGUGCCCGAGAUGCCGUUGCUGA